AUGACAUGGACAUCUCCAGAAGAAGCCAUGCCAUGGGUGGGAUUGUAUAUUUGUGUAGCAUCUCUGGUUUGCACUCUAGCAAUGGUAGCAGAUGUCUACCGAGGCUUUCGACAACGGAAGCUCUGGUUUCCAUGCAGAUUUUUCACCAUCGAUUCUGCUUCCAUUACAGUGAUAGCAAUAUCAACAAAGCUACCAGUGGAUCUGAGUUCCAACAUGUCUGAUGACUUUCAUGAGAUUCUAGCAAAGAGUGUGAGCAUCAUUUUCUUGUUCACCAUUGUCACACCCCGCUAA